AUGAACACCAUCAGCGUUGGGGAGUACCAUGGGCUACGGGUGGGCUCGGCCCUGCUCGGCAUUGUGGCGGGCUGCAUCAUCAUUGGGGUGUCCAGGGAGUGUGAUGCUGAUGCUGUAGGAGGCAUCUUCCUGGGAGCGGGGGGCCUCGGCCUGCUCAUAUCGAUCUACCCCUUCAUUAAAGCCUGGCUUAACAUCAACAACAUUCUUCCAUCCGUUGGAAACGUCAGAGUGCACCCAACACCUGCCAAUACAGCUCCUGAACAACCAAUAGAGUCACUAAAAAGAGAAGGGACUCAGAGUCAACUAAAUCUGGAGCGCUCUAAAAGUCGAAUGGGAACCUGUGUGGAGGGGGGACCGAUGGCUGAGACCAACCCAGAUGAGGGGACUUCUUCAGACAUGCCAGAUGUCUUAUCAAGACAAAAACUUAAGCAGUCGCCCUCUGAUGAAGACCUGCCAUGAAGUCAUCAGAGCCCCAAACCUACCUUGUGUGUUCUUCAUUUUGCUUAUUUCAACUGAGGGAUAGAAUAUGUAGAUUUUGGCCUAAUGUGAUUGUUUCUUAUUCAUUAUUUGAUGUUGUAGAGAUGUUGUUUAGGCAGAGUCUGGCCUGUUUAAAUUAUAUUAGAUUAGAUCAACUUUAUUGUCCCAAGGACAUUUGUCUUGGGCUAAAAGUGCCAGGUGUA